UCAAUUUUUUCGUUCCUUUUUAAUAUUACUCUGCGAUAAAACAAGUAUUUCUUUAUUAAAAUAUUGACAAACAUUAUGAAUUAAAACACGAUCAUUUCGUUUCACAUUUUCAUAAUCUCCUGGAUUUUCUUGUCACUCGACCCCAGCAUGAGUUACCCCUGGCAUUCGUACAUACUCCGCUUCAAGAGGUAAUCGUAUGGAUAGAUGCUCCUGAACUGAUCGAACAGUACUUCAGAACCCGUCGAGUCUGAAUGGAAUUUCAAAAUCUAUACACUGCCGAAGAAACUAAAGAUACCUCUCAUUUAAUCCAUUAUUCUACCUCGACGAACUUUUCUAGGAAACGUUUGCAACAUUUGGAAAAGGGAAAACGCGAAUUCGAUAAUGUCUGUAAAAUUCUCGUCCGUGAUCCACGACUCGCUCUUCGUUUCUUUAACAAUAUCCCACAUACUAGCAGUCACUGACAGAACGAUUGUUACGCAAUAGUGAAUCAGCAAAUACGCCUUCACGACGAAUUCUUAUCGUUGGAAACGAAACAUUCCUGUUGCUUAAUUCAUUACACGCGCAACUUGAUCGCGAUGUUUCGCAAACAAACGCUGGUCUUUUCGCGAGGAACGGAAGCUUUCCGUUUAAUCCCUCGAUCGCCAGUUUCCCGUGUAGUUCAGUGUCGUUAUAUUCCUUUUUUCAUCAAGAUCUCUGUGUCAACGUAGGACAAGUGUAUCCAGCCGGAGUGUCACGCUCUGCCUGGGCCUGCUCUCAGGCUGCUGGGAAUACGAUUCGACGUAGAGGGUGGCGCAAAUAUAUACACAGGCUGCCGAACACGGCUAUACGUGCAAUUUAAGUACUCCAGUGUACACAAACGUAAAUGUUGAGGGUGCAAUUUGACGGCAGAUAAGGGCAGCGAUAAAGAAUUCCAAGCAAACAGAAUUACAGCUUGCAGUUGACACAAAACGCGUAAUUACUGGCGAGUUACAGGGCUGUAUUUAUGGUUUCGUUGCUACUUAAUUGACGACACCUUGAAACAUUAAUCGAUGACUCGUACGAGAGAUGAUGGAAGAAAAUGACAUUACGUACUCGUCACGAGGAACACACGUUACUUAUCGUUCGUCGCUACAUCCACUUCUUUUACUCGUCACGCAUAGUAAACAUGUGAUUACGUCCGAUGUUUUAGAACGAGACUGAAAAAUUCAGACCUUCGUAAAUGAUUUAAACGUUCUCGAAUCAAAUCAGCUAUUUUCAACUUUCCUCGUUUCGUGACACGUGUAAAUUCAUGAAGUAGUUAAUUAUCGAUCGUUAGAAGAAGUAUGACACCACAUGGAACGAUUGUGUCACCCAACUGAUUGAAACUCGAAAAUCGGGCAAAACCUCGUGCGGGAAGGCAUUAUACGUAUUUCGUUCGCUGUGUCCGCGGUUAAACGCACCAUCUCCCUCUCGUAUGCGUGCUGUUACGUGACAUUUUUAAUUAAGUUCCGCGUUAAUCAGCAGUUCGCGCAACCUUCACGCACGGUGCUAUUACGGAGCAUAAAAGUUCAAGGAUAGCUAACAAUUUGCUUGAGAUAACGCGAGACCAGCAUUUCAAUAAUGAGCGUCUUUGGUUCGUCGAUGAAAUAUGUCGUCCGUAAUGCUACAGGGAAACGAUUCUUUUCGCGAGUCGGGUUUGUCGGUUUGGGCAACAUGGGCGGCCACAUGGCGAGGAGUAUUUUAAGAAAGGGUCACAAACUGGUCGUUUUCGAUGUCAACGAAUCGGCUGUGUCGAAUUUGGCGGAGGUAGGCGCUGACAGAGCCUCGAGCCCUGCUGAGGUGGCAGAAGACGUCGAAGUGGUCGUUUCGAUGUUACCGUCUAAUCAACACGUUCUGGACGUUUACAAUAUGAAUAAUGGUCUAUUAAGUUCGGCCAAGAGGAACACUCUCCUAAUCGAUAGCAGCACGAUAGAUCCGUUUGUGUCUCAAACUUUAGGAAAAAGUGCUGCGACGUCUGGGGUCAGUUUUUUAGACUGUCCAGUGUCCGGAGGUGUGAAUGCAGCUAAAGAUGGCACCUUAACGUUCAUGGUGGGAGGUUCGAAGGAAAAUUUCGAGCUUGCCAAGCCUAUUCUAAAGUCUAUGGGCUCCAGAGUAAUCCAUUGCGGAGACGUAGGGAUGGGUCAGGCAGCUAAACUGUGCAACAACAUGCUAUUGGCUGUUAGCAUGAUCGGUACUGCCGAAGCUUUUAACCUGGGACAAAGACUAGGUCUAGAUCCUAAAUUGUUAGCUGACGUUGUGAACUCGAGUACCGGUAGGUGUUGGUCUUCCGAAUUGUACAAUCCUGUUCCAGAUAUCCUCGAUAAUGUUCCAAGCUCGAAAAACUAUGAGGGCGGUUUUGGAGUGAGCUUAAUGGCCAAAGAUUUGGGACUGGUGCAAUCUGCCGCGACGAAGGUAGAAGCAACUAUUCCUUUAGGUUCUCUGGCUCAUCAAAUUUAUAGGGCCAUUAUCGCUCAUGGGUCUGCAAAGAAAGACUUCAGUUUCGUUUAUCAGUUCCUCAAAGGGCAAAAAUAA